UUUCGCAACAACCCUCCUUAUGCCGUGUUUGAUAUCUUCACUGGUAAAAGGUUAAAUAUUGACAUUGAUUACCAUCUUGUUUAUCAUGACCGCUCUCAUAUAACAACUUUGCAUAUACCCUCUACUGGUUUGUAAGGUAAAAGGCUAUAGAUAAUAAAUUUUUCAGAUAAUAAAUCUGGCAUACGAUGAAAAGAAAAUGUUGAAGGCCAAACUUUUGGGCUGUGAAAAGAAAAUACAAAAUAGGUGCCGCACAGAAUGUUGCGCCCACAGAUCCACAGCAUUUGGGUUAAAACGAAACGAUACUGGUGGCUUUCCUCGUCUACCCUUUCAACAGAGUUACGAAUCCCUUUUCAUAGUUCAACAGUGGUCUGCGGAAGAGGCCUUCCAGAUGAAGAAGAGAAGGAGAAAGAGAAAGGGAACAGCCUCUCUUCACGGUUGGAGAGGGUGCCUACGAAAUCCGUUUCGCUGGCAUUCCAGAGUUGGAUGGGCGAAGGGAGACCAGUUGGCAGGGGCGAUAUUUUUCAUUCCAUCAAUCGCUUGAGAAACUUGCUUAUGGACCGCCGCGCUCUCCAGGUAGCAGAGUGGGUGGUAAGGGAGAGGCCAUACAAGUUAAAAGAGAUAGACUAUUCAUAUCUUCUAGAAUUCACAGCAAAAGUACAUGGUAUGGACAGAGCAGAAAAAUUAUUUAUGCAUAUUCCUUCUGAAUUUCAAAAUGAGCUUUUGUAUAACAACCUUGUUAUGGCUUGUUUGGAAAGAAGAUUAAUUGGAAAAACUCUGCAGUACAUGAAGAAAAUGAGGGAGCAAAGUCUUCCUAUAGCUCCCAUGAUAUAUAAUAAGUUGAUCUUGCUUAAUGAAUCAUUGGGUCACAAAAAGAGCAUCCAUAGCAUUCUCGUUCAGAUGAAGGCAGAUGGUGUGGCUCCAAAUACCCGCACUUACAACAUUCUUUUAAAGAUAAAAUCACGAGAUUAUGAUAUUGAAGGGAUACAAAAUGUAUUUGAUAAAAUGAACCAGGGUAAUGUCAGUCCUAAUGAGAUAACAUAUUGCAUUUUAGCAAAUGCAUAUGCCAUCGCAAGAUUAUAUGCUGCUGCAGAGUCCUUUGUAGAAGCAGCGGAAAAGACAAAAACAGGUACUAACUGGUCUACGCUGGAUAUAUUGAUGUCAUUAUAUGGUUCCUUGAGGAAGGAGGAUGACCUGAAACGAACAUGGGAGCUUGUGAAAAAACUUCCAAAUAUUAGAAGGAAAAGCUACAUACUGGCAGUUGAAGCAUUUGGAAAGAUAGGCUGCAUUGAUAAGGCAGAAGAAAUAUGGCAGGAAUUGAUGUUAAAAGGAGAGAAAUCAACUGAACAUUAUAAUGCAAUUAUUUCAGUAUAUGGAAGGCAUGGUCUAAUCCAGAAGGCCGCACAUAUAUUUAGAGAGAUGAGAGCAUCAAGUUACAAGCCUAAUGCUAUAACAUUUCACCAUUUAAUUCUAUGUUGUUUGAAAGCAGAUUUGGUAGAUGAAGGUUUGAAGAGUAUUAGCAUGGCAGAAAAUUACCCGGUCAACAAUCGAGUGCAACUGUCUACUCCAUGGCUUGAAACAACUCUUCUGAUUGUGGAGACAUUUGCUAAUAAAGGCAAUGUAGAAUUUGCUGAAAAAUUCUUUACUGAUAUUACAAAAUCUAAAUACUGUAGAUACACUUUUGUUUAUAAUACUCUCCUAAAAGCAUAUGUAAAGGCAAAUUUAUGCCCUCAUGAUUUUCUCAGGAGAAUGAUUCUAAGUGGAGCAAGGCCAGAUUCUGAAUCGUACACUCUUGUCAAGCUUUUAGAACAGUUAAAUACUGGAACCGUGCAACAUUUAUAGAUUUUCCAUAUUGAGAGGAAGGUAACGCUGACCACAUUUUAGUCAAAGGGCAAAGUGGCAGAGGUUUUCAAACAGCAUCUGAAUUUUAAAAGUUGUAGAUCUAUCAAAAGUUUAUUUCAUUCAAGAGUCCUUUCUU